AUAAUUUUUUCUGUAAUAGAUGCACUUCAAGAAGAUAUAAAAAAUAAUUCUAUAGCUAAAGCACAAUUACGUGCACAAAACUUAUUAGAUGAACUAGAUGCUGAUUUUAUUUUAGCAACAAAAUUUCUUGCAGAUAUUUGGCAAUAA